AUGCGUCCUUCGCGCGGCGCGCGCGCGGCGCCGCCGGGGCCGCGGCCGCCGCGCGGCGCAGCCUCGCUGCCCAAUUAGAAAUAGCGGAGCGCGCGGCCGCGGAGGCGCCGGAACCGCGACGCAAGCAGCUGGGCGUGGCGCCGCGCCGCGCGCGCGUCCGAUUGUCGGCGCUGAGCGAGGCGCUCGCCCGCGCAUUACGAGGCUGCGGCGUGGCCGGCCAGGCCGUGCAGAUCCUGGAGCAGCUGGACCGCGACGCGCUCUUUCAGAGCGCUUCAUCGAAGACGCCGCAGAAGACACAGAACGAGGACGCUCGCGCGGCGGCGGCGUCAUUAAGAAGGACGCGCGACUUAUUAGCAAGGGGCCUCGACCAGGUCGCCGCGGCGGCCGAGGCCAUCGAGGAGGACGCGUCCUUGUUCUCGGGCGUCCUCGGCAAGCAUUCCAAGAUCGGCGGCGCCGUGAAGCGCGCCGGGCGGGCGAUCCGGAGCAUCAAGACGCAGGAGGACCGCGACCUCGCCUCCAUGGUCGCGUCGGUCUGCGUCUUCUACCUCGUCGUGUUUUACAUAAUUUGGCGCCGGCUGCCGCUGCGCGAGGUGCUGCGGUGGGUCCUUUCAUCAUUGUGGGGCCUCUGCUUCGGUGGCAGUGCUACGGAAGAGGUCGCGGAGACGGCCGUCGCGGCCUGCGCCGCGGCGGCCGCCGCCGGCGCGGCGCUGCCGGCGCACUGCGCCCUGCACGAGGCGGCCGCGGCCGCCGCCGCGUCGUCUGUGCAGGAGGCGCCGUCUGCGGCGCCGCCCGCGCCCGAACGGGACCCCGAUCCGCCGGCCUGCGUGGACACGGCGGGCUGGCACGACGGCAAGAACGGCUGCUCGGGCUACGCGCGGCACGCGGACACGUGGUGCGACUUGUAUGGAGGCACGGACUACAACGGCCAAGGGCCCGCGGCCGUCCACUGCUGCGCCUGCGGCGGCGGUUCCACGAGGGACGAACUGUAGUAAGAGACAUUUGUGUGUGAUUACAAACGAAACGCGAACG